UUUACAACACAUAUUUUGAUUAUAUAUUUUGUAAACAUGCAUUUUAAACAAAUGGCCGAUAUCCAGGUACACAACAGUAGCGGAAACCCACUGAACUGACUGUCUGGCCUUCAUUUUUAUUCAACUAAAAUUAAAGAGGCCUUUUUAUCCUCAAAAAGGUCGACGAGAACAAAUUCUUAUAAAAAAAUUCACACCCCAGUCCACUAGAUGGCGGAAAAGCUCUGUUCUAUUAAUGUUUCAACGCCAUACCCCAUAAGAAGAAGAUUCCACUGUUUGUUGUCAAAUGACUGUCAAAACUAUUUAUUCCUAAAUCCUUAUUCAUAUAAUGUUCUGACGGUGAUCAGCAUGGCCGAGGAAGAGUUCACAGACAUAAAUGGCAACUCGAUUUCUUUAGACUGCCAAACUCACUCUGCUCUCUGCAGAGAGUUUACUGUCACCUCACCGAGGCUGUCCUUGCGCAAGGUGAUGGUCUACACCUGCUUCGUUUGGUUAUUUGCUUAUGCUUUAUUUUUCUUCACCGAGAACACGACUGUCCUGUCGAGUGCCAUCCUCCUCACUCUGGCUGGGAUGAUGAUUCAGAUUCACUUUGUGAAGGUGGACCAUGAGACCCUUCUCAUAAUCGGUUCCCUGGGUGUCCAGCUGUCUUCAUCUUAUGCAUCUGGACGAGAAAGGACGAUCUUCAUUGAGAUGAGCAAGCUGAAAGACAUUGUGAUCAACGAGGCUGUUUAUAUGCACCGCAUUAUAUACUAUCUGUGCAUUCUGAUAAAGGACCCAGCAGAUCCUGAGACAGUGACCAGUGUUGUCCCUCUUUUUCAGAGUUCAAAGCCUCGGCUGAAUUGUUUGGUUCACGUGUACAGGAGCUGUCAAGAGAUUCUUGCACACUCUAGAUGACACUGAGAUUCUUUCUUUGAAACAGAAUAAAGAUUGGAAGUCCCUAGAAUGAACCAUAAGUGUGUUAGUAGUUUGCAUGUAUUGGUUUAUUAGAGACAUGUU